AAAAAACUUAAUUAUCGACUUAUCGUCUUCCACUAAUAGUCUAAAUACUAUGUUUGGCUGCAAAAAAGUAAACUUUCGUAUUAGAAUUUCAAAGAGAAGCAAGUUUCUCCUUCAUCCCUGAGGGUUUCCGGCUCUCAGAGGAAGAGAAGAAAGAAACGUGUUCGAUUAAGUUUUAGAGUUUCUACUUUCUAAAGUUAGAAAAAGACGACCUUUAAAGUUUUUAUUUUGGAGUUUUUGUAUUUGUUUUUCCGGAGAAGGAGCAAAUGGGAUCCAUUACAAAAGACAGUGAAGUAGAAGUCUCUUAUUCAAAGAAUGGAUUCAAAGGCAUUUGGUACAGAGCGAUUCUUAAAGAAACCCCAACGAAAUCAGAGCACAAACUGCUCCGAGUCCGUUACAAGACUCUGCUCAAAAAAGACGGUUCGGGUCCUCUGUCUGAAAUCGUUGAUCAGCGCUUAAUCCGACCUGUCCCACCGGAGGAUCUGAACGUCAGCGGCGCUGGAUUUGAGGAAGGCUCACUGGUUAACGCUAAUUACAAAAAUAGUUGGUGGAGAGGUGUGGUUGUGAAAAGGAAGGAGGAUGAUACAUAUCUGGUUUACUUCAAUUCACCACCAGACAUCAUUCAGUUUGAGAGGAAGCAGUUGAGGGCUCAUCUUGAUUGGACCAGUUCGAAAUGGGUACGACCAAAAAACACGGAAUUGGUCAAGUCCGUUUUUAGUUCCGGGACCAUGGUGGAAUUGAGGGCAUACUUAUCCUGGCGUCCAGCAAUGAUCAUUAAGGAGGUAGAGUAUGAGAAAGGAAAGAGAUUCCUUGUUAAGUACUGUGAUGAGUCCUUCAGCUGCACUGGGAAAUUGAAAAUGGCAGUUGUUGAUCCACGUAUAGUCAGGCCUAAGCAGCCUCUUUUUGGUGUUGGAGAGUAUGAGUUGUUGGAUCGUGUAGAGGCGUUUAAUGGUUCGGUAUGGGAACAAGGUGUGGUAAGGGGAAUUGUGUUUGAGGGACGAUACAUGGUAAGUUUUUGGGAAACAAAGGCGGAUGUGUCGCAAUUCAAUCACUCAGAUCUUAGGCCUAUAAUGGAGUGGGAAGAUGGGAUAUGGUAUAAUAGACCAAAGCCAAAAUCUGGAAAAGAAACUUGCAAGAGGAAAAGAGGAGAAGUAGAGGAACACAAUUCAGACCUCAAUGAUACUGUGCUAUCCUCAGAUCAAACCCCUAUUUCGGUGAAGAGCCAUGCUGCUAAUGUUGAGGGAACCCAAGCGAAAGAUACAGCAAUGGUUCUGCCUUUCGCGAAGAAGUCACCUAUUUGGAAGACGUAUGAAACAAUGGAAGUCUUUAAAAGAGUACCACAAAGUCCUCAUUUCAGUCCAUUACUCAAGACUAAAGGAGAUUUCCGUGAAGGUUCUGCGAUAGGUAUGAUGGCAACCUUUACCGGUUUAUUGGAGAAGCUGAGAGAUCUUGAAACCGACGUUUCCGUAAGCCAACUUGAUAGCCUCAGAGACUCAUUCACCGAGCUAGAGAAGCAUGGAUUUGAUGUUACAAGGCCACUAUCACGGAUCAAAAAGCUGUUGGCUCUUAAAGAUAGACAACUGAAUAUAUUGGAGGAACAAAAAGGUUUAGACAAAGAGAGGAUGGAUGAUGAAUAUAGCAAAAUGCGCAAGGCGGGACAAGAGGUUAGUGAGAAAGAAGUCAAGAUGCUUGAGGUGAAACACAAGAUUCUCGAGCUGCAGAAGCAAGAAGCGGCUCUGAGAGAGCGUAAGGAGACGGCAAAAGAAGAGAAAGAUGCAGCUAACAAAAAUAUAUGUGAGAUUGAGUCAUGUCUAAAAGAUCUUGAUGUUGAGCUUGAAGAAGUGGAGUUUGAUUUUGAGUCAGUUUUAUUUGAUUGUGAUAGACUAAGGGUUCCUUUGGCAUUUGUGAGAAGAAGGAAACGAUCGAAUGGCAGGAAAGCUCGAGCAAAGGAGCAGAAAAGUGGCUAAAGAGAAGAUAAGGGAACCAGGAGAAGAACCUCUAGUUGAGAGAGAUUGUUCGCUUAUUGUACUUAAAUAAUCUCAAUACAUUGUCGUUUCAUUCAGAUACUCUUGGAGUUGAAUUUAAGACCAAUUCCCAUUGUUAGGGUUCGACAUCACUUUUAUCAAGAUGAAGUGAUGGCAGAUUUGUCGGCUCCUUGGUGAAGCUGAAGAAGCAGAGACUAGUGAACUUAGAGAUUAUUCUGAUAUUAGGGUUGAAUGAUAUGCGAAUAUUAGGGUUGAAUGAUAUGCAGUUUUUCACAUUUUGAAAAUGUGAUUCCACUAAAUGCAUAUCAUUCAUAAUAUUAAGCAUUGAAUGAUAAAAAGUAAAAAUCGGCAUACUAUUUUUUAAUUCAUCACAUAUGUUUUAAAUUUAUAACUAGUUUAGA